AUGGCUCGUCCGCGCGCUCUAUCAGGCGCCGAUGCCCCAAAAGAACCACAUGCUGUCUCCCUGAAAGUCUUGCGACUUGCGCGGCCAUCCCUCAGUUACCAGUACCCCCUCCCGACGUCCAACACCACAAUCUCAACGAAAGCAUCGCUCAGUUUUCCUCCGGGCGCCUCCGAUGAUAAGUUUAUACUAUCACCACUGCUCACUCUGCCUCCAUCUUUCGGAUCCGUCUACGUCGGAGAGACAUUUGGAUGCACACUCAGCGCAAAUAACGAGAUUGACGACGAUGACGAAGAACGAAUCCUCACAUCUGUGCGCAUUGUCGCAGAGAUGACGACUCCUUCCUCGGUGGCCGCAUUAGAGCUCGAUCCACCCAGCGAUACCGCAUUAACAGAAGGGCUGAAGAUUGGCGAAUCACUACAAAAAAUCGUACGAUUCGAUCUGAAGGAAGAAGGGAAUCACGUGCUCGCCGUCAGCGUCAGCUAUACCGAGACAAGAAUUGGCUCGGACUCGCAAGCCGCCAGUGGGCGGGUGCGAACAUUUCGCAAAUUAUACCAAUUCGUGGCACAGCCAUGUUUGAGCGUGCGGACCAAAGCUUCCGAGCUUCCGCCACUGGAAGUCGACAACAAAUCCCUCGGACCGUACGGGAAAACGAGAUUACUCCGAUAUGCGCUGGAAGCGCAGCUGGAAAACGUGGGCGAAGGCGCCGUGGUGGUCAAGCAAACCAAACUAAAUCCCAAGCCACCGUUCCAAUCCAAAUCGCUCAACUGGGAUACCAUGAAUCCCGACACACCCGCAUUGCCCACCCUCAACCCACGGGAUGUCCUGCAAGUUGCAUAUCUGGUGGAACAAGAGGAAGGCCAGAACGAGGGGCUGGAGACGCUCCAGAAGGAUUUACGGCGGGAUGGACGUGCUACGCUGGGGCAAUUGUCGAUUGAAUGGCGGGGCGCAAUGGGGGACAAGGGAUUCCUGACGACGGGCAACCUGAUGAGCCGGAAACGCACUUGA